CCCGGCCCGGAGCCGCACGAUGGCGGCGGCAGCGGGCGGGCGGCGGCGGCGGCGCCGCUGAGCGCCGGGAGAGCCCCGAGGGGCGGCGGGGGCUUCCCGCACCCCUUCCCCUUCCCUCAUAUCCCCCUCCCCUUUUCCCCCGACCCCCCCCCGCCCCGCGCCCUCCCCCGCUGCGCCGUCCAUGGUUACGGGCGGCCGGGGCGGCCUCGCAGCGGAGCCGUUUGGGCGGGAGCCGGUGAGGGAGCAGCGGCCGCAGGGUGCAUUGAGAAUAAUCAUCAGCCUUAACAAGGAUUGAUUGUGUGCUCCUCAUCCUCUUGGUUUGGUAUUAAUCAGAAAAAGCUUUGGCCGUCGCGUCGGGGAGGCGAAGAGGUGAAUGAACGUCCCUUUCAAGGGGGCAGCACUGGAAGAACCUUUAUGGGCUCCUAAUGACGUGCAGGUGGAUGAUUGACUGAUGAUAAUUAAGGUCAACAUGGAUUUGUGGUUCUUUCUCCUUUUGCUCGGAAGUGGCCUGAUAAGUGUAGGUGCUAACAACGUUACAACAGAGCCACCCACAACAGUGUCCACCUCUCCCAGGAGCCCCACCAAAGCUCCUACAGCAGGUCCUGAGGAUGGGACCACGCCCAACACAAACAGACUCAACAUGAGCACUCCAGGGACUGUUCCUACCACAGCGCCAAAACCUCCUCCAACCACAGCCACCAGGAUCUCCCCCAACGCCACCACUGGCAGCCUCAACAUCUCCUCCACCCUGGGGACAACUGUGCCUGUGCCUCCAGCCCCAUCCCUGCUCCCCAGCGCGACGCCGUCGGCCCCACGUGCCACCUUCCCCAGCACGGAGGCAGAGACAACAGAGAGGAAUUUCAGCAUGGUGGUGACCACACAGGAGACCUCUUCUGCUUCCCACAAUGGUAACUCUGACAGAAGAGAUGAGACUCCCAUUAUAGCUGUGAUGGUGGCCCUGUCCUCCCUCCUAGUCAUAGUAUUUAUUAUUAUUGUUCUGUACAUGUUGAGGUUCAAGAAGUACAAGCAGGCAGGGAGCCACUCCAACUCCUUCCGUCUGUCCAACGGCCGCACGGACGACACAGAGCCACAGAGCAUGCCCCUGCUCGCCCGCUCCCCCAGCACCAACCGCAAGUACCCCCCGCUGCCCGUGGACAAGCUGGAGGAGGAGAUCAACCGCCGCAUGGCCGACGACAACAAGCUCUUUCGGGAGGAGUUCAACGCUCUCCCAGCGUGUCCCAUACAGGCCACAUGUGAAGCUGCUUCCAAGGAGGAGAACAAGGAGAAGAACAGAUACGUGAACAUUUUGCCCUAUGAUCAUUCCAGGGUUCACCUGACUCCUGUGGAAGGGGUCCCUGACUCCGACUACAUCAACGCCUCCUUCAUUAAUGGGUACCAAGAGAAAAACAAGUUCAUUGCUGCACAAGGACCAAAGGAAGAAACAGUGAAUGAUUUUUGGAGAAUGAUUUGGGAGCAAAACACAGCGACAAUUGUCAUGGUGACCAACCUGAAGGAGAGGAAAGAGUGCAAAUGUGCUCAGUACUGGCCAGAUCAGGGCUGCUGGACCUACGGGAACAUCCGAGUGUCCGUGGAGGACGUGACCGUGCUGGUGGAUUACACCGUGCGCAAGUUCUGCAUCCAGCAGGUGGGAGAUGUCACAAACAAGAAGCCUCAGCGCCUGGUGACCCAGUUCCACUUCACCAGCUGGCCCGACUUCGGGGUGCCCUUCACCCCCAUCGGGAUGCUGAAAUUCCUGAAGAAGGUGAAGACCUGCAAUCCCCAGUAUGCAGGAGCCAUAGUGGUGCACUGCAGCGCCGGGGUGGGACGCACGGGCACUUUCAUCGUCAUCGACGCCAUGCUGGACAUGAUGCACACGGAGAGGAAGGUGGACGUGUACGGCUUCGUGAGCCGCAUCCGGGCCCAGCGCUGCCAGAUGGUACAGACAGACAUGCAGUAUGUGUUCAUAUACCAAGCACUUCUGGAGCACUAUCUCUACGGUGACACGGAGCUGGAGGUGACCUCGUUGGAGAUCCACCUCCAGAAGAUCUACAACAAAGUGCCAGGGACCAGCAGCAACGGGCUGGAGGAGGAGUUCAAGAAGCUCACUUCAAUCAAAAUCCAGAAUGACAAGAUGAGGACGGGCAAUUUGCCAGCCAACAUGAAGAAGAACAGGGUGCUUCAGAUAAUUCCAUAUGAGUUCAACCGAGUAAUCAUUCCAGUGAAGAGAGGGGAAGAGAACACGGACUAUGUAAACGCUUCCUUCAUUGAUGGUUAUCGCCAGAAGGAUUCCUACAUCGCCAGCCAAGGGCCGCUGCAGCACACGAUAGAGGACUUCUGGAGGAUGAUCUGGGAGUGGAAAUCCUGCUCCAUAGUGAUGCUGACAGAGCUGGAGGAGAGAGGCCAGGAGAAGUGUGCCCAGUACUGGCCGUCCGACGGCUCCGUGUCCUACGGAGACAUCACGGUGGAGCUGAAGAAGGAGGAGGAGUGUGAGAGCUACACGGUGCGGGACCUGCUGGUGACCAACACCAGGGAAAACAAGAGCCGACAGAUCCGGCAGUUUCACUUCCACGGCUGGCCAGAGGUCGGGAUCCCCGGGGAUGGGAAGGGGAUGAUCAACAUCAUUGCAGCGGUGCAGAAGCAGCAGCAGCAGUCUGGCAACCACCCCAUCACUGUGCACUGCAGUGCUGGAGCAGGAAGAACGGGCACCUUCUGUGCGCUGAGCACUGUCCUGGAGAGGGUGAAGGCAGAGGCGAUUCUCGAUGUCUUUCAGACUGUCAAGAGUUUAAGACUACAGAGGCCACACAUGGUGCAGACACUGGAACAGUACGAAUUCUGCUACAAGGUGGUGCAGGAAUACAUCGACGCCUUCUCAGACUACGCCAACUUCAAGUGAAGAGAAAAACAGGAACAAAAAAAUCCACAGCCACCCUCCCCGAAACAAAUGACAGAAGAGUUGCCUUCUUUAAUAUUUUGUAAUAUUCUGUUUGUUAAUAUACCCCCCCAAACAAAACAAAAAACUAUGUGUAUAUAUCUUAACUGUUUUAGAGGUUGGUACCAUAAGCUUCAUAUUAGCUGGAGAUUUUAUAUGUAGCAAAGUGUUAGUGCAGAUACUGUUGGCUCCUUUUUUUCCAAUGUUUUAUUGGGGAAUUAAAUAGCGUGAUGUUUGGAUUAAUAUUGUCAUACCAUCUCUCUUCUGGAGAGUUGAUACAGGCUGUUAUUUUGUUUGUAAAUCUUUUUUUUUUUUUUUUUUUCUUGAGGGAGUAAAGCCUUUUUAAAAAAAAAAAAAAAAAAAGGAAAGAAA